AACGCAUUUAGCCAGGCUGCUCCCUAUCAGGCAGGGAAGAAAGAGGAGGAGGAGGGUGAGCUGGAAGGCUGGAUAAAGUCGAGCUGCUGGGACAAGGGAAGGCUUGUUGCAGGGGCUGCAGAGGACAGAGAUCAGGGCAAUAUCCCACCCAGUGCUGUUCUACUAAAGGUCAUAGCAUGAUUAACCCUCACCUUCCUACUGAAACCCCCACCGUAACUUUAUUGUAGGGAUAAACAGCGAGCAGAGGAAUGCCAGUCACGCCGCUUACCGGCUCAGCACUCGAUAGGCCACUUGGGGCGCUGUGAGUGACGUGUGGGGAAAGUAAGUGCAACUAGGGAAAGUGGCAGAAGAAGAAGAAGCCUUUGCCCAGCUCCCCUGCGCGACUUUGGCGCAGCUGCCCCCAGGCUGAUGGGCUGGCAGUAAGGCACAGGCGGUGCCCGGGGCAUGGUGCUGAAGGGACAGCGGUGCGGGGAAGUUGGACACGAUGACCCUGGAGAGGAUAUUGCAGGCGGCCAGGCAGGGAGAUGUGGAGACACUGAGGAGCCUCCAUACACUGGGACAGAUACAGCCCGAUGCAAAGGAUCCCAUGGGUGCCUCUGCCGUGCACCAUGCCGCCCGGGGAGGCAAACUCUCCUGUCUCCGUUACCUGGUGGAUGAGGCGCAACUAGUGGGCAACUGUCGGGCCAGGAAUGGGGCCACCCCGGCUCAUGAUGCUGCUGCCACCGGUAACUUGUCCUGCUUACAGUGGCUGCUCACACAGGGGGGCUGCGACUUUGAGGAUAAGGAUAAUUCUGGUGCCACUAUUCUGCAUUUAGCAGCCAGGUUUGGUCACCAUGAAAUUACCAGUUGGUUAUUGCGCUUUGGGACCAAUGAUGCGAUGGUUCCGACAGACACGGGGGCACUACCUGUGCAUUAUGCAGCGGCCAAAGGAGAUCUCCCUACAUUGCAGCAUCUGUUAGAGUAUUGUCCAAAUGCUAUUAAUUCCCAGACGAAGAAUGGUGCCACACCCCUCUACCUAGCUUGUCAAGAGGGCCACUUGGAAGUCAUCCAGUAUUUGGUCAAGGACUGUGGAGCUGAUCCCCAAAUGAGAGCCAAUGAUGGGAUGACUCCCUUACAUGCAGCUGCCCAGAUGGGCCACAGCACAGUCAUUGUUUGGUUGAUGAGCUUUACGGACAUCAGCCUCUCUGACAAAGAUGAUGACGGAGCAACUGCCAUGCAUUUUGCUGCUAGCCGAGGCCACGCCAAGGUUCUCAGCUGGCUCCUUCUCCAUGGAGGUGAAAUAUGCACGGAUAACUGGGGCGGAACUCCUCUACAUGAUGCUGCAGAGAAUGGAGAGCUAGAGUGUUGCCAGAUCCUUGUGGUUAAUGGAAUUAAACUAGGAAUCCGAGACCUUGAUGGAUACACAGCUGCAGACCUCGCUGAAUAUAACGGACACUUCCAUUGUGCUAAAUAUCUCAGGACUGUGGAAAAUAUGAGUGUGGAGCACAGAGUCCUGUCUCGGGAUCCCUCUGCAGAUAUAGAACUGAAACAACCGGAUUCUGGGAUGUCUUCUCCAAACACAACCAUGUCGACACAACCUGCCCAUUUUGACAUUGGGUCACCUUCUAGUACAUUGUCCAACUAUGACUCCUGCAACUCCAGCCAAUCCAGUGUGGGAGACAAAAAGAACCAACAUGAAGGGCUUGGAUCCAGACCCCCUGAAACUAUAACUGAUAUGCAGGCAUACAUGGACAUGCUAGAUCCAGAAGUCAACCCAAAGAAAGGAGAUAGCUCAGUAAUUCCUCCUCCUCCACCACCAACUUUUCCACCCCCACCACCACCUGCUUCUGAUUCUAGAUUGCCCCCACCUCCAUGCUAUCCAGCGCCAAGCCCUCCAGAAGGACAGCAUACCUCAGAAAUCUACGUCCAAGCUAAAAAUAACCUCAGGCACGUGGACAAUGAGUUGCCUUCAAGUGAAAACAGUCCAGAGGGGCUUCGACGAGCUGAUUCCUGUAGAAGGUCAAGGAAUUUUAAUAAACAGCCCAGUACUGGGGACUAUUAUAAAUAUAUAGAGCAGAGCACAACCGAAAAGAGCACAUCAGAAACAUCACAGGUGAAAAAGAUGGCACACAGUGAAGAGGGAUCUGUGAAAUCAAGUGAAACUGUGCAAAAUGGAAAUAUAUCUGGGAAUGUUCCACCUCCUCCUCUUCCACCACCUCUCCCAGAAAAUCUGUGUUUCCCACCACCUCCACCUCCAUUGCCAACAGAGUCUUCUAUCAUUUGUAGCUCCAGUCAGCGGCGUUCUUCCAAUUCCACUGGAAGUACAAAGUCAUUCAACAUGAUGUCUCCCACCGGUGACAAUUCUGAGCUGUUGGCAGAGAUUAAAGCUGGAAAAAGUCUAAAACCAACUCCUCAAAGCAAAGGUCUCACAACAGUCUUCUCUGGCAGUGGGCAGCAUGGACCAAAUGCAGAGGUUCAUAUCUCAACAACUCCACCACCCUCAUCACCAUCAACCCCUCUGGGUAAUACAGUUAUCAGUACUGCUGCCGUAUCCAACUCAGGAGGGCCCAAAUCUCCGGAACCACUCUUGAAUGGAAACUCAUCCCCGCUGGCUCAGGCGCAGCCCAGCCAACUUGAUGUGGAGUCACUGAUACCAACACACGAUGAGCAGGGCAGGCCUAUUCCAGAGUGGAAACGGCAAGUGAUGGUGAGGAAGCUACAGUUGAAGAUACAGGAAGAAGAAGAGAAAAAACGCACGUUUGAGGCCGGUAGUUACUACCAACACGAAGGCUGGAGAUAUUCUCAUGCUCAUAAUGCAAUUUUGGGACCCUUUGGAGAGCUCAUGACUGAAAGUGAUAUAAAUCGCAUUGAGAAACAAAUUGAGAACCUUCAAGUAAUGCACAAAGUCCAGAAGGUGGAGACAGAGCUAGAGCAACUUGAGCAUGAACUGCAACAACUGCUUCCUGUAUCUGCUGCAUUGGCUCAAGAACAUUUUACAGUUAACCCAAAGCAGAUGCAAGGUAGAGCUGAAGAUCUCCCAGCCUGGUGUAGCAAGAUCUCUACUCUAUUAAAAAGUAUGGCAAUCCUCCUUGCAACACUUGGUGGAAAAGAAGCUGAUCUUACAGACUUGGUAACCCAUGAAACACAAGAACGACCUCAGAGUCCAGUUAAGGAUGGUGGAACAAAUAUUGGGAGAUCCCAGUCCUUUAGUUCUACUAGAGAAGAAGUUGAAAAAGAAAUUAAGCAGUGUGGCGUGUCUGUUAAAAACCUUAAGGCUAAUUAUGAGUUAUUUGCACAACCUCAUAAUGAUUCUGAAGCAUCAAGCAGAAUAUACAAAAGGAAAAGGUCAUUACCAGUAGGCACUAAUGGGUAUGGAUAUGGAAGAGAACCAAUUUUAGAAGAAGACUAUGUGACAACUAAUGAUCAGUUUCAUGUCCUGACAGAAGAUAUACCUAGAAUGCACGGUGAAGCUCCUAUAAUACCCCACUCUCAACUGACAUAUCAAGAUGAAGAUAUAUUCCCAAGGGAGAUAGAAACAGGCAACAAGAGCACUAUUAUGGAUGCACUAGGAGAACCAUUACUUAGUGAAGAUCAUAUGACCAGAAGUCUACCAGUACAAACUGAGCUUAGCUGUGUACAAGACUACAUAGACAUGAGGAAAGAGCGAAUAGUAUAUCUUUUUCUGGAGCACUGGAAAAAAUGGACUUUCACAGAGUCCAUUAAAAAUAGCAAUACUAAAAGAAAAGGUAUGCAUGGUUUGGAAAAUACAGAUUUAGGGAGUGAAAAAGAUGAGGUGGAAGGUGAAGAUGGAAGACUAAAAAUGUGCAAAGGAUCUAGUGAUGAUGAUAGGCUUUUAUACUUCAUGAAGCAGAGACAAGUAGUAGGAAAGUUGCUAAGCCACUGGAGAAGCAUAAUAUGCCAAGUUCCCACAAGGCAGAUACGGCGUCUAAGCAGGACAAAUAUGAUUUACUGGCCAGAACACUUUUUGCCUCACGUAAACGGUGUCCAAGUUGAGUAUUCAAGCUUAACAUUAGAUCUCUUCAUGCUGGGCUAUUUUCAACUGCUAGAAAUGAAUAUGUCGCGAGAAGAGAGAAAAUUUAGACAUAUUUUAUGCUAUGAAAUGUUUGACCGUCUUGGGAGCCACAACUGGGAGCUCAUUAGGAGUUUUCACAAAACAGUAAUGGAAGAGAUAGAAGCUGGAAAAAGAGAUUGGUCUGAUGGCUUUGAAGACAUUAAACAACGCUAUUUUGGUGACAGUGUUGUAGGAGGGUUUGAGGGCUUUAAAGAAAUAGGGCAGCUGGAAGAAACUGACCUCCAAACUGAAUCAAAUCAAGAAGCCCCAGUGCCCUUAGACAUUCAGAUUAAGGAAACUCCUGUGGUUUCUCCUGAUGAACUAAAACCCCCUCCUAAAAGUAGAAAGGACUCUAUCCAACUGGUAUCAGAACUUGGAGAAUUUACAAAUGAUGAUAUAUGUCGUUAUAUUGAUCGCAGUUUUUCAUUCUGGAAAGAAAAGGAAGCAGAAAUGUUUGAUAUAUGAUGCUUCCUGUGGAUACUUAUUCCAGGCAACACAUGCUGCUGGUAAAUUAUUUACCAUUCCCAGCAAAAGUAAUGAGAAGAGGAGUAAUGAAUGGUGCACCUAGUCCAUACAGUGCAAAUGGAAGGAAUUGGUCUCUCUUCCAUGAAAGGAUAGAGGGGUUUGUUUACAAGGAGGGGUCUGUUGAAAUGUGUUUCAGAUUAACUAUAUGUAAAGGGGUACUUAUGUCUACCUAUAAUACUAUGAUUGGGGAAUUUUCACGAAAAUACCCCAAUAUAAAUAAUAUUAGUUACAAAAUAAUAAGAAAAUGUUUGAAACAUUCAAAUAAAGAACUAUCAGUAUGGUUAAGAAAAGCCAUUAAUGUUAAAUGUUUCCAAAUUGUAUAUAUGGACAAAAAAUGAGAGUCUUCAUAAAAAUAGCAGUUUUUUUUAUAUGGAAAGGAAGUAAAGGGAUGCACAUAGAAAGGAUAGUGAUAAUAUGAAAAAGAACCAUGAUAUGAACAAGAACCGUGAAGCCACAUUGAUUAUGUUUUGAAAUGUUUGCUUAACUUAGUUUAACUUUAGAACUUAGUUUACAGAAAAGCUAAAGACAAUAUACACAAUUUUUAUUUAAGUAGGAUAUAAUGUGUAAAAAUUAAAAUUAUGAUAGCUUUAAAUUGGUUAUACUUUAUACAUUUAACAUCAUUGUGGCUAGCAUGUUAGAAUUAGAUGAUAGUGAUAGAUGGAAAUCAGACAUGACACUAGAGUUGAUCCCGCCAUUAGUUAACGCACUAGCAAAAGCAAAAGUGUGGAUUUUAUAUAAUAUUUCGAUAUAAAUAACCAGUACGAUUGAUACUUGGAUCCUCAGAUUUUUUUGCUAAUUGCUAUCAUAAUAUUAUUAUAGAAUGGGUCAGAAGCCUCAUAUAACAAAUUCUAAUUUCAUUUUAUGUUUCAAGGGGCUCAGUCUAUAUAAAAAAGUAUUGGAUUUUGAAACACAGUUUUAAAAGGUGAAUGCAAUGGGCAUGCUGUAAAGACAAAACAGAUAAGAUUAGGUAGAGGGCAGCAGAGAUGGCGUGGCUCUGUAUGUAAUAUAGCAUUGCAGCAUAUCACUCAAUAGAGAGAGAGAGAGAUAAAAGCUCUUGGGGUUCUAGCAGUAUAUGGACUAGAAAUGACUGGUAGGACUGCAGUCAUUCAAAGGUUCUACUAAUAAUUAUAAUGUAGGUGGUUUUCUUUAAUUGCAUGCAAAUAUUAGCUGUAUUGGCUAGCUUUGCUUCUAAAUUAGUCACAUUAGUGUGUGAAGUGUUACUUUAUACAGUAGGUAACUACUGUGAAAGACAAAAUGUCUUCAUUUUAUUGUUACACUAGUCAUGCUUUGAACAAGAAAUUAGUUUGUUUUGUAUAUUUUGAUGUGCUAUAUCAUUUACAAAUGGCAUCCCUUACUAAAUAAAAAGCAUUGAAAUUGA